GAACCAUCUUAUCAGAAGAUAGCAACGUAUAACACAUACCAAAUGCCUUCUCGUGUUCAGUGCUUUUCUCUGGGAAGGUUGACUAUAGUGCUGCUUCUCUUGAGCUGAGAGUAGUUUUUGUUGCUCUGAGGGAAUGGAUUCGUGGACGGUUAAGCUUGAGCACUUCACAAUCUUGGGGCAGAGGGAACAAGUGCGGAAAGCACUAGCGCAGGGAGCCGCCGUCAACGGAAGUUCCAAGGGUCUGAGAACACCCCUGCACAACGCCGCUAAGAAUGGUGACCUUGUCAUCGUGAGGCUCCUGUGUGAUCACCAAGCCAACACCAGGGUCAGGAGCCUCAUUGACAGAGGUAUGCAGCCUCUGCACAUGGCAGUGAGGAACGGCCACGCACAUGUUGUAAAGGAGCUUCUCACCAGAGGAGCUGAUGUUAAUGCAGCUGAGAAUAAAGGACUACAAGCAGUCCACCUGGCUGCAGUACACGGCCACAAGCAGGUGCUUGAAGAGCUGGGAAAGACAGGGUGCGACCUGGACUCUCAGAACAGAGACGGAGCUACAGCACUCCACCUCGCCGCUGAGAACGGUCACCUGGAGGUGGUAAAGUGGCUGGUGGCACAGGGAGCCUCUAUAGAUAUCAUGGAUAACUGCCUUCGUACUGCCGAAGACUGCGCUGUGAAGAAACUUCAUUUAGACAUCGCUGAAUUUCUCCAUCGCUACUCCAACCCACCAGACCAGCUACAUGUGCAUCAAGGAGGAACCAGCCAAGAGGAGCUGGAACCUCCUGCAGCCACACCAGCAGACCACAAUCCAGAAGCCUGCCAACUUGGAAAGAGCGAGCAGCAGCAUCUCCAGCAACAAGAACAACAGCGAACACAUCAACAAUCACAACAGAAUCCUCAACCACAACAGCGAAUACAUCAACAAUCACAGCAGAAUCCUCAACCACAACAGCAAAUACAACGGCAACAGCAGCAGCUGAAUCAACCCCAGAAACAACAACCUCAACAAUCUAAGCUGCAAAAACAGCAGGAUCAGCAACGACCACACCGACACCAACUGCAACAAAGUCAACAACAGCAACAAAUAAAACAGCCCCAGCGACGAGUGCAUCAACAACAACGACCCCAACAACAGCAACAACAAAUUCAGCAACAGCAGCAAUCUCAGGAACACUUUCACCAACAACAGCAAGAAAAACAAUUACAUCAACAACAUACCCAGCAACAACAGCAAGAGCAACGAUAUCAGCCAGAAAAACAACCUCAGCAACAACAGCAAGAAGAAGAAGAGCAACAAUUAAAACAACAGCAGCUAAAAGAACAACAGCGUCUGCAACAGCAGCAACAACAGCAAGAGCAACAACUAAAACAACCCCAGCCUCCACAACAGCAGCAACAACCCCAGCAGCAACAACAGCAGGAGCAACAACUAAAGCAACCCCAGCUAGAACAACGGCCUCCAUAUCAGCCACAACAAUGGCAGCAACAACCCCAGCAACUACAACACGAGCAUCCUCCCCAGCAACUUCAACAGCAACAUUCUGGUCCACAUCAACGCCCUGACACACCACCUCCUCCUCACCAGGAUGCUGGUCACACACAGGCUGAAGUGACAAACCAAAUCAACAUUUCACAUAAUCAGCAGAAUCAGAAAAUCCCGGAGAAACCUUCAUUAUGUCAGACCAAUGCUGAUCAUGGAAAUAAUGAAAAUAACAUCGAGGAGUCUCCACCAGAAAGAGAGCUGUUGAAUCGUAUGUUGUCCGUAUCAAAUGAGGACGAUCUGGAGGGCGUCAGUGAUACUGGUAGCAAUAUCUUCUCUGAUACUACACAAAAGGAACUAGUUGAGGCAGUGUCAGCGGGUAACUAUGCUGCUACUGAAGGACUGCUGAUGGCUGGUGCUGACCCGGAUACCCUAAGUUCCAAGCCGGGGGAGAAAGGUCUGACAUUACUGCACCUGGCUUGCUGGAGUGGACAUGACAAGAUUGUGAGGUUACUGAUGAGGCAUAGAGCAGACCGUAAAGCUACGGCUCAUGGGUUACUAGCAGUGCACUGGGCAGCAGUGGGAGGCCACAUACCUGUACUUACUGUCAUGUGGGAAAAAGGAUUCAGUAUCAAGGUGCGGAGUCAGGACGGCGCCACGCCUCUCGAUCUGGCUGCCGAUCAUGGCAACCUUGAAGCCGUCCGCUGGUUCGUCGAAAAGGGAGCUUACGUUAAUAUCAAGGAUAAACAUGGCCGCACCCCCAAGCUGAUAGCCAAGGAGGCGGGCCACAGGGCCAUCGUCAAGUACCUGCAAGAUAAAGAGGACGAGAUGCAUUUAAGUAACUUCCAGGAACAACGGAAGCUCGGUGAGGGCAGCUUUGGUGAGGUGAUCUUAGUGAGGACCAGUGAAGGCUUCAUGGUGGUGAAGAGGAUCGACCUGUCGCAGCUACGUCGGAAGCACCAGGAGUACGCCCACAGGGAGUUCCAACUACUAAAGUCACUUCGUCACCCUUACAUCGUCGCCUACAGGGGAGGCGGGUUCGAGGGUAAACACCUUCACAUCCACAUGGAGUACUGCAGCGGGGGCGACCUGGCCACACGCAUCAGGGAGCAGAAGGAGACUGAUGUCCCCUUCGAGGAGAGACUUAUCCACUGCUGGGCCCUCAGCCUUUGUUUGGCUCUCAAGUACAUCCACGGCCGCAACAUCCUGCACAGGGACCUGAAGCCUCACAAUAUCUUCCUGACGGAGGGAGGGACAAUCAAGUUGGGGGACUUUGGACUGGCCCGAGUCAUGGGUGAAGCUCAACACGCUCUAACCUCACUGGGCUCUCCAGCAUAUAUGAGUCCUGAGGUGAUCCGGGGAGAGGCUUACAACGCCAAGGCUGACAUGUGGGCAUUAGGUUGCUGCUUCUACGAGUUAGCUACACUGGAGAGAGGCUUCCCAUACACCGAGGUUAGUGUGUCUGGAGGGUUCAGCGUGGAGUACAAGAGUAUGGUGGUGUGCCUGCUACAGCAGGACCCUGACCAGCGUCCCUCCGCUGCCCUGCUGCUCAGACAAUCCUUCAUCAUGGUCGGUAUUGUGUUGCACUUGUAGUGGUACUUAUAGCUU